CGCGACGCAUUGAUAAUCGCGCGAUGCUCCAUCGUCGCCCAUUCGGUCGAGUCGAGUCGCUGACGACGGACACGCACGGAUAGCGGGGGGAGGAGGGCCAGCCGAUCGUCCUGACGGCUGCGGAAGGGCCGUCCGGUCGGCCGCAGUCCCGUCGUAUCAGACUCGUCGACGGGCCCAGUCCCAUCGAAGGCCGCCUGCAGAUUUUGCACAAAGGAGAAUGGCGAUCGGUCUGCACCAAUUCCAGAAACUGGACCCGAGCGGACCUGGAGACGGCCUGCCGAGAGCUCGGCUACCAGGGCGGCCGAUGGUGGGGCUGGAUGGAUCGCCAGUGGCCGGCCAAGCCCCGACUGCUGUACGAGCAGCCGCAGUGUCGCGGCGUCGAGGCCAGCCUCCAGGACUGUAGCCGCUGGCAGGAUCGAAUGCUCGGCGCGGGCGUCUGCGACUACCAUCCGGAUCUGGGCGUCGGCUGCGCGCCCUUCCACGACGGCGCCGCCGGCGCGACCAAGCACUGGCGCGGUCUGCGCUUCGAGGGCGCCCUGUACGAGCGCCCGCUCAUCCAGGAGAACACCCUGUACGUGCGACGCUCCAAGUCCAUCCUGCGCCACGUGGAGAUCCGCUACGCCGGCACCGGUCGCGAGUUCAAUCUCACGGCGGCGCUGCACGUCGAGGGCGUGCCGCCCCGCAUGGAGUCCAUCAGCAUCGUCGGCUCGGCGUACACGGGCCUCAACGUCAGCCGGCCCGAGGCGCCCGUCGUCGUCUCCAACUGCACGAUACAGAGCAAUCGGGGCUACGGCAUCUACGUGAACAGCUCGACGGGCAUGGCGCACGUCGACAACUGCCUGAUCGUCGACAACGAGGCGGACGGCAUCAAGUACGUGCACCACGACGAGCGGCCCGACGACAAGGCCGACCGCGCCGACGUCUACGACCUGUGCACCUUCCCAACGACGGCCAGCCAGACCUUCCCCGUGACCAUAUCGCUCGGCCAGAGCAAGUACGCGCCCAAUCAGAAGAAGUGCCCGCAGCACAUCUACACGAGGCCGGGCCACGUCCUCACCGUGCACUUUCUCCAGAUGAAGACGGACCGCAACGACAGCGCCGUCAUCGAGGUCUACGACGGCAUCAGCACCGGCGAGAAGCUCCUGGCGAGCGUGAGCGUGCGCAACGGAACCCUACCGCAGAGUGUCACCACGUCCAGUCACAAUUUGUACAUCAAAUUCUUCGCCGAACCAAGAACUUCAAUGAUUGCGUUUCUCAGAUUAACUUCUGGAUACAAAAAAGCCUACGAUUUAAACGUUACCGGCAGCACGAUAGCCGACAACAACGGACGCGGCAUAGCCGUGGAGAAGUUGCGCUCGUCCCUUCACAUCGAUGACACCUCGGUGUCGAACAAUCGCCACGUGGCCGGUGUCCACGUGCUCGGAGGCGUCCCCGACGUCAACGUCACUGGCAGCCGGAUCGCUUUUAACCGUGGCGACGGCAUCAACAUCACCGUGACGGGCGGCAGCCGCAACGUGUCGCGCUCCAGCAUAUCGUCCAAUCAGGGCUACGGGUUUGCGCUUUGGUUAAACGACAGCGCCUCCACCGAUUACGUCUCGUUCAAUCAGACGACCGUCGUCGAGUACUCGGAGAUCUUUCGAAAUCGCGACAUCGGCGUACUGGUCGGUAAUUCAACGGGAAAUUCGUACGUAAACAUCACCGGGAACAGCUUCAACAGCAGCAUCGAGACGGCGGUCCAAGUCGAGUCGAGCUGGCGCCACAACAACGGCAUUCUCAAGCUUCAAGUCGGCCACAAUCGUUUCGUGCAGAACUCCAAGCUGGGCGUGAAGCUCAGCCCCGCCCUCAACAUGCACGGGGUGAUCGAGUACAAUCACUUCCAACAACACUCGUACGGCGGUCUUCUGGUGCGCAAUCCGCUGCUCGAGGAAUUCGACCUGCUGCCAGUAGAGUUGCUCAUCCAGCACAACGAAUUUUACGGGAACACUGGCUACUUCGUCGCGAGCAUAGGCUUGUCGCCUUACAGCGAUGUGCAACAUCUACUAUUCACACGAAACUUCCUCAAGGAGAACAAGGUACGCGAGCCCUUCGAUUACGGUCAUAUCCAGGGCUCGCGACUCAUACCACGAUCGAGGGUAUCGGCAGCGCUCGUCGUCUCCUCGAGCAACGUGAACGUAUUCCGUAACAUCCUGCAGAAUCCAGAAUCCAAGUACGAGAUUGGCUCGCAGUUGGAGGACCAGAGCAAGAUCAUCAACUGCACGUACAAUUGGUUGGGCUCGAUAGAUCAGCCGGAGAUAUUCGAGAGGCUCUUCCACAGGAAAGACAGAUACAAUUUAGCGAAAAUCGAGUACAUACCGUACUUGCUGCACAACAGUAAUCCCGCGACGAACACGAUCAAUCCGAAUCCCACGUUCGUCCCGCGUUUUUUGGCCGCCGACAGCAAUGUCGUGGGCGGCGAGGUCGACGGCACCGAGAUUCUUCAGGCCGGCGAAUAUGUCGUUAAAAGAGAUAUAAAUGUCAGGCCGGGCGGUAAACUGAUACUACAGCCGGGAGUAACAUUGCGUUUCAGACCGGCUGUCGGCAUUAUGGUGGCGGGUAAAUUAGACGCACAUGGCACUGGACCUAGUAAUAUUCUCAUGACUUUAAAAGAAGAAAUCGUAGUGCCUCCGAUGGACAACGAUACCAUGGGAGACACGAUGUCCGACACGCUCGAUAUGCCAAUGCAACUCGACAGCCAAGUGCCCGUAAGAUUAUUAGGAGGAAAAACGAUCAAAGAAGGUCGUUUACAGCUGCGAGUUGGAGAGAAAUGGGGCACGGUCUGUAAUUACGGAUGGACCAUGAGAGACGCAGCACUGGUCUGCCAUCAAUUGGGUUUAACACUCGACCCGGAUAAUUGGUAUAUGGAGCGUUCGGAUAUACCACGCGCUGGAACUAACGAAGACAUAGUCCUCAGUAACGUACAGUGUACCGAGGACGACGUGGAUAUUUCGCGCUGCAAAGCUGAAACUGCCGACGAGUUCGAGAAUUCCUGUACGCACGAGAACGACGUCGGCGUACGUUGUACGGACGUCGCCUGGGCCGGCCUAAGAUUGGGUCCAUUGGCGUUGAGAAGCGACCUACAAUAUAUCACCAUCGAGCGAGCUGGUCUUUUGGAUUACGCCACGAACAGCUUCAAGCCAGCUCUGCAGAUUGAUUUUGCACGACACUCUCUCGAGGGCGUCAAGGUCAUGAGCAACUUGCAGGACGGCCUAGGCGUGCUGUACUCGGACAUCUAUUCGGCCGACGCCGUCAACAUGGUGCGCAACAGCGACUUCUCGAACAACGGCGGCAGUGGUGUGAGUUUUAAGCAGCUGGGUCUUCGUAUCGCGAGCUCGCGCUUAGAAAACAAUAAGCUAGCCGGCGUCAGGCACAAUCCGGCGCUCUCUGCGUAUCAGCAGAGAGAAUUUGCCGGAUGGUUCACAAGCUCACCCGACACAUCGCUCGACUCCGGCUACGAUCCAAUCGUCGUACCGGACCGCAAUUCGAAUAUUGAAUUAUCAAUGGGCGAAACAAAGUAUCUGGUUACCGCUAAAGUCACCGGUGCUCCGAUCAGCCGUAUUUAUAAUAUUAACUGUACUCCAGGAUUCGUUGUUGGCAUUCAACUGCUGAAUCCCAUACAGAACAGAAGCACCGAACAGAUCAUCAUACACGAUUCGCAAAAUACCAGGCAUCGCGGCAACAUAUGGAACGUCAAAAGGGAUCUCACAGUCUUUCCGGUUGCGUCGAGCUCGUACACCGUCGUCUUGAACUACGACAGCGGCGACAACGCCUUGGGCGGAACCGUCAUCGUGCUGACUGCGCUCCCGGCUCCCGUUCAGGAUGUGAAAAAUCGCAUUGUGCGGGGACCGAUUCCAACCCUACGAAUUACAGGGACGAAGAUACGCGGCAAUCGACUGGGAGUCCUCGCGUCGUACUACAAUCGCUACCUCGACGAGCGCGGCGACCACUACCUUCGCAAAGCCAACGAGUCCAUACAAUUGAUUAAUUGCGAAAUAUCUCACAACGUUGAAGAAGCAAUUCAUGUUCAUUCUCCUCAUUGGAACGUGUUUCAUUCAAACAUUUCAGAAAUAUCUUUCCACGUGAACAACAGUCUUGUGACGGAUAAUGGCCGAGGAAUAAUUCAGUUCAGCAGAGACAUGCGUCAAUCGAACAAUCUGUUUCACUGGAUAAUCAAGGAUAGCACAAUUGAAGGAAACAAGGCCGGUGGCUUUGAAAUUGCCUUACCCUACGUUUGGCAAUACAACGAGAACUUCACCCAUUCCAUUUACAUGGAUAACAAUACUUGGCAAACAAACGAGCAAUUCGGUUUUGUCGUAGACGGUCAUUUUGCAAACUUCAACAUGUCGCGCAAUCGCUUUGUCGGCAACCGUUGCAAAACGGGGCUGAUAUCAGUUCGCGGCAUGGAGAAACGCAUGAAAAUCGAAGCCAAUCGCAUCGAGAAAAAUACUGGAAUAUACAUGGUCGAAUUCAAGGCCGACAGUCAAUCAGAAAUUUUAGGCGAAAUCGAUGCGAGAUUCAUGUACAACGAGAUCAAGCAGAACAGCAAGAGCUUGACGAUAUCUCGUGACGCCUUCCAUCAAAUGUUCGACACACCGACCUAUGUUGUCGGUUUUCACGGCAUUCAAAAGGUCCGAGUAAACAGGAAUAUCUUUGGCGAUAAUUCUCUGGAUUACGAGCUCCUUGCUGGCAUUAAGACCGCUAAAAUUAAUAACAAGGUCGACGUCACCGAAAAUUGGUGGGGCAGUGCUGACGAUCGGGAAAUUCAGCGAAGGAUCUUCGACUUCGACGACUGGAACGAUCACGCAGUGGCAAAUUUCCGGCCCUACUUGAUUACCGACACACUCGAUUCAUCGAUAUCAGCCUCGUGGGAGCCAGUUUCCGAAAUUGAUUUAAACAAUCUUGGUGGUCGCAUCGUCGACAAUUUAUCCCUUUAUCCGAUACCGGAACCUUAUGUCAUACAUUCAGACAUCACAGUUAUGCCCGACGCUACCUUGCACAUCUACCCUGACGUUGUGAUGGAGUUCGCUCCGAACGUCGGUAUUUUAGUCUUAGGAACAUUAAAGGCUGCUGGUGCUCCGGGCCACGAGAUCGUUAUGAGACCGAUUAGUUCUACGAAUGAAGUUCCCACACAUAAAAAGAGGGACGUUGAACUCAACACUAUAAGACUUUGCAAGGAGGAAAAUUGUACAAGUUCUACAAAUGAAGGAUUCUUGGAGUAUUUUAACCGUACAACCCUGCAAUGGGUACCCAUAUGUGAUUCAAGGUUCACCGAACGCAACGCACAAGUCGCAUGCCGUCAACUCGGCUACGAGCCUUUAAACGUGUACGUAUCGCGCGACAGGCGCUACGAGCUGCACCCCGGUUCACUGUCGAGAAUAUGGUCGUGGCCGGAGCCCCUGCAAUGCUCCGGCAAAGAGGAGAGCCUGGAAAGCUGCCAAAUACGCUUGAACGGCCAAUUGUUCGGUCAUCGCCACGAGUGCCCCUGGGACGGCGAGUUUGUAUUUUUGCACUGCGGCCAGCGAAACCUCGAGCCAUCCCUCAGCUACUGGGGCGGCGUGAGAAUCGCCAACAGCGAGUUCGAGCAUUACCUCUACGAGUACCGCAUCCACGAUCACGAGACGCACGAGACGCUUCGCCGGGUCGAGUCGACCCUUAAGUAUGUCAACAUUACCGGAGCCGGCAUACUGCACAACGAGCGGUCGCCCGCCGUCCAAUCGAUUAUGAAAUCGCCCGCAGUUCAACGAGUCAGUAUUAAUCAGAGCGCACAUCACGGCAUCAAUUUUAUUUCACCGCCUCAUACGGUCGAGCUGCUCUCCAAUCGAGUUAAGGAUGUGCUUGGAAACGGUAUCAACAUUCUAUCGCUAACCGGAGAAGGUCGAGAAGCAGACGAAAGUUCCUUUGCACCAUUGAAACAAUUAAACGUACCCUAUCAUCUGUUCAGUCUUCUGGACAUUUGCGAUACUACCAAAGAAGUUACUAUCGAAGAACGCGUACUUCUGUACUACAAAUACGACAAUAAUCCAGUUAAUUGCGUAAAAAUAUUCCGCAGUAGUCACCGAGCUAAACCUUUUGGAUUUAGGUUCUUACAAUUUAAUUUAUACAACUCAACUGGGAAACCGGGCCGACCUGAUAGCUUAACUCUUUAUGAUGGAGAUAUUUAUAAUGUCACGGUCAAUAAAAUCGAAGAGCUUUACGUCAACAGUAAAAUGGAAAAGAAAUUAUUCCGCACUCAGGGCCCGAGCUUGAGCGUGAAAUUUUUCGCUAGCGGAGCCAGCAGCGUUCAUGGUUUCAUCGCUGAAGUUGUCACGCUGCCGAUUUCGGCAAUAGGAUUUAAUCGAGAUGUUCGACACAAUAUUUCCUACUCAAGAUUCGAGGAGUGCGAGGAGGGUGCUAUUAAAUAUUCCAAUGCAGGAGAAGUCAAUGCUGUGAUAACACUGGAGCGAAACGAAAUCGUUAAUAACUGCGAAAAAUUGUACGGAAAUUUCAGUACGUGUACAGCCGCAGUCUCGUUAGAUGUACAAAAUACUCAGUCGGUUUACUUUAGGAAUAAUCUUGUGAUGAAUAAUCAAGGUGGUUUGAGUAUAAGAUCAGAUUCAAGGGGCUCUGCAACUUCCAUGAAAGGUUGGAUUCAUAACAAUCUUUUCUCGGAUAAUUAUAACAAACCAGCAUUAUACGUUGAAGGUCGACAGAGUAGCCCGUAUCAAGAAGUAACCAUUUUCCGAAAUUACUUUACCAAAAAUAACGCUAGUUAUGAGAAUAAUGUAGUUCUCAAGCAAGUUGUCAGUAACAUGACUUUAAAUCAUCUUCAAGGCAAUAUAGGAAAGCAUUUACUCGAAAUUUCUGGGUUUGAACGAGUGAGAUUACCCAUAUAUCAAAGUACAUCACAUAAUGGAUUCUAUAAUAAUUACGCUCUGGAUCGAGAUGGUAGAAGUACCAUCGUUGCUGGAACGCCAGGCCAGCAAUACGUAGACAACAUAUUUUUCAACCCUGAUAAUGAUUACGAAAUGUUGACCAUCAACAGAUCUCUCGUGGUCGAAGCAGACUGGUAUGCCAAUCAAUUCGACAUGUGGCGCUCGAGCGUCGACGCUCGCCACAAUUACUGGGGCUACAACGAGACACUCGCAGUGGGCGGCCGUAUUAGGGACCGAGGGGAUUCGCCUGAGCUGCUGCAGGUCGAAUACCAACCUUUCCAAAUGAACAACAGAUCGGUACUAAACGGCAAGUGCCCACCUGCCUGGGAUCUCGUCGGUGACACCUGUUACAUUUACAUCGGAGCACCCAUGACUUUUUUCGCCGCAAGAGAUUUCUGUAUGUCGGCGAAUGCUUCAAUGCCUUAUGUUUCGAGUGAUUAUCACGAGUUAUGGCGCUUCCUACAAAAGCAACAACAUCCAUUCGAAUAUUCAGAGCGCGUUUGGGUUCAAGAUAUUGAUAGAGUCAACGAGUGUACAAUAUUUAUAUUCAAAAGUAUCAGAAUUGACGUAUGCGAAGAGACCAAUCCAUUUAUUUGCGAAAUUGAUCCACGCAUUUCAAUCGAUCCACUGUCCUGGAAAAAGGAUAUCGUCGUGGUCGGGGCAAUAUGUGCAAUACUCCUUCUCAUACUGUUAGUCGGUGUGGCUUGCAUCUUUUGGUUUACCAAGUCGAAAAAGCGAGGAGUCGAACGACUCGAAAGGCGCAACUCCAUUCGACAAUCAUUGCAUUCAUUGCGUUCCGUAGGCUCAACGUCAGGAUUUUCAGAGCUAGCAUAUCAAAGAAGAAAACCCAUAGCCGAAAUUUCAUCGUUGAAUAGCGAAAAUGUGGAUAUUUCUUCGGGUUACUUGCACCACGUAUCGACGCUUCCUCUUAACUCAAGUUUUGGAACGACCGAUUCCAUCAACGAUCUCAAGCGAGAUUUGCAUACAACAAGUGCUUCGCUGGAAUAUGACAGUGUAAGCGCGGUGAACACCAACACGUACGAUCGAUCACCACUUACCCCCGCGUCCGAGCCCGUUCCUGAGUACUACAGUAACAGUGCUACGUUGCCGCAUCCUCACAAUCACCAUAACACGCACAAUCACCAACAACACCACCACCACAGCAACCACCACCAUCAAAAUGGACAUCACCAUCUUGGCUAUCAGAACGAGUACUAUUACGAAGAUAGGCCGCGUAGCGAGUCUCUACUUGAAACCAAUCUUGACGAGGACAGACCCUUCCGGUCUAAGAGUGAGGCCAUUCUCGAGACGAACUUCGACGCUUAUUCACCAAACGAACCAACCGAACUCACACACUUAUCAGCGGCUGCCAGAAGUAAGAGCCAGCCUCUCGAGACCGCUAUGUGAUUUGCCUUUAUUUUCUAUGUAAAACAUUACAACUAGGAAACACAAACCACAUCCAACAUUUAGUUCGAUAAGCCAGACAAUUGGUAUAAAAAAUAUAUUUAUAAUUUAUAAAUAUAUAUGUAAACAUACACAAGCGAGUUAGUUAUAAUUUAGAUCAAUUAUCAUGUGUAUCAUAUUACUUUAGUAUCUUACCUUAUUAAUGUAGUUCUUAAUAAAUUAUGCGAUAAUAAUUUAUUAGAGCUCUAUUUUCUAAUUUAGUUUUGUAGAUAUAAUUACAAAAAUUUUUUGACAAUUGAAGAAUCAGUUUACUGAUUCAAGUAUAUCAAUUUUUUCUAUUGUAAUGUAGAAUUUAUUAAUUAACACAUU